AUGACCCAAUCUAGAAAAUCAACUAUAAAUUCAUCUAUAAUAAUAGAUACGACCUCUAUUGAUGAAAUAGAAGAAAGAGGCUGUGGUUUAUCAUCAUCUUCAUCAUAUUUAAAUACUCCACCAACCACUCCUGAUUUAAAACGGUCUAUUCUUGAUAUUAUAAAUUCAGAAAUUAGUUAUAUUCAAUCCCCAUUAAUGCCUAAUCCUCUGAAAAUAAAAGUUCAACCCUUUACAUGGGAUCAAAUUGAAUUCAUUGUGGGACUGAAUCAAUUACAAGUAUUAGCCCGAUCCAAAUCUGAAACGAAGAGAUAUUUACAAUUCAAACAAGAUUUAAAAGAAUCAAAUUCAAAUAUUUUGGAUUAUCUCUUACAUCAUGAAUUACAAUGGAAAGAUGAAGAUAUAAAUAAUAAAGAAACCAAUAAGAUUUUUAAUAUGCAUACUAACGAUGUUAAAAUCCUUUAUAAUAAAUUCCCUUAUUAUUUCGAACCCAAUGUUUAUCAUUUAUGUAUCUGGUCCAAAAAUAGAAUGGAAGUAGAUAUUAAUAGUGAAGAAGGUGAUAUAACUGAUGAUAUGAAGAAUUUAAUUGAAACUUAUAUUAAUUUAACCUUUGUAAAAGGGUUAAAUAUCCCUAAGGAAAACAUUGUAUGGUUUAAAAAUUGGGGGAAUUUACAAAGUGUGAAGGAUAUAAGUCAUAUUCAUGUUUUGAUUAAAGAUGAUGAUGGAAGAGUUAAGCCUUUGAUUGAUCAAUAUUUGAUUGGUAAUACCGGUGUAUUAUUCCAAUAG